GCGUAUGCAAGAAUCUAAGGUAGAAAAAAACAGAACCAAGUGAAAUGACAGGUAUGCACAUACAACAUCACACUACCAUUUAACAAAAUAAAUUACAAUUACAAUAAAGCAAAAGAUUAGGAAAAAUGAGGAGUUCUCUCCAAAAUCUCAUAUCGUAGAUUGGUUUUUCAAUUCCAAGAAUUAUAUUCCUUAAAAUGCAUGAUUGUCAUGCGAAUAAUAAAAAGGAUGAAAAAGGAAAGACAAAAGAUUCUUCUCUGAAGAGUGUUGAGAUCCUGCAACCCCCUCCCCAGUUGUGCACCCCAUCCGUAUCCCAAUCAAGAUAACUUUGCAAUAAGAAACACACUCUAACUUUAAAGAGGAAAGUGAGGGGUUGAUGUAAGACUACACAUGCAUGGGGAGAUAGCUAUGAAAUUUGACUCUAUAACCAACAUUGUUUUCGGGGAAAGGGGGUGCGGUGUUUUCAAUUUUUACUGGAAUUUUAUUCAAAACAAUACGAAAACAACUUGGUGUUCCAAGGAGCUUUGGUAGGGACUGCAGAUGUAUGGGGAGGAAAUUAAAGCCCUUGAACAAAAACGAUGUGUUGUUGAAUGGAUAAAAACGAGGCAAGCUUAUCCAGCUCCAGUUUCCUGGUUUAUGGAAAAGGCUGUAAAUUCAUUUGAAAUAUCUAAUGAGAUCUUUUGCAGACUAAUUAAGACGUUUUGAUAUAAAAGGAGCCGGUGACCCAUCUCUGAUUAUACUUUCAAAUAAUCACUAGGCAAUAUUGCAUAUCAUGUUCUACAGAAAAAUAGGAAGAAUGCUUCGCAAAGGAACUGCAACUUGCGAAACUUAAGACAUCUAUUUUUCAGUGUCUCCAUGUCCGUAUUCAACAGUGUCGUGCCUGCAAAGUUGGUUACAGGAGAUAUUUUACGGAAGUAGUCCAGUAUUCCAAUGAAUUACAGGGAAAUAUAAGGAAAUUCUAGGAAUUGCAAAAAUGCCUUGUACAUGAGCGGCACAUAACGAUACGUUUGACAACAGCCACACUGGUUGAAUUGAUAUUAGAGCAUCUUCCCGCUUCUGUACAAAUAAUACAUUUUAUGUGAUUAAUUGACAAAAUAUUGACAUAUUGUCUGGAAAAAUGAAAAACAAGUCUUAUAGUUUGAAAGAAAUUCAAAUUCUGAAUUACACUCAUUUUCACAAGAAGCCGGCUUUCAGAAAAAGUAAUUGGAAUGCCUGUAAUAAAAAAAUAAUUUCGCUCCUAAAAGAGUUAACAAUUUGAACACAUAUGUCUUGCUCAAUUCCAUUUUUAAAAGCCAUAACACAUGAUUGAGUCUCUACGAAGUCGAUGUUUCUAAAUCAAUGUUUAAUGGCAAAACAAGGACCCAACCGAAGGGAGUGCAGGGGGCAUGGCCACUCACUUUUAUUUCAAACGUUUUCUAUUCUACAACCCCUCCCAAUUUGAAACUCUAAGUGCGGCCCCUGCAAAGGUGCGGCCUCUGCAAAAUAGUAGAUAAAGCAAAAAGGUUGCUGUAAAAACUACAUAUGAAAUUUACAAAAUACCUAUGUAGCAGAGAGUGCUUAUAUAAUAAGGAUAAACCAAGAAUAUCAGAGAAUAGUCCCAAGAUCAAAGCAUUGUUGCUUCAUUGUUGCUUCAAGGUAAAUUCAAUAGGAAUCUAAAUCAUUACAGUCGAUUGUUUACCACUAAGAUAAAGGCAUGCGCACUCGGGAAAGCAUUUCACCGCUAAGACCAAUAUCUAUGGCUCUGAGCUAGCCGAAAGGAAGACACGGAAACAUUUGAACGAUAAAAGCGAGCCUGCGAUCGAAGAGGCUCAGUGAUGGCCUUUACAAGCAAUGAACUACAGAAAGACCUUGAGGUCUUCAUCCAGACAACAGUCCAAGCAGAAGAGCUGAAAAUGGACAGAAACAUGGAAAUGGCUAUGCAAGUCCUCGGGGACAUCUUUACAAGAAUCAACAUACACGAACCAAGAUUUAGCUGCGAAUUUAGUGAUGACAGUAAAGAAUUGAAAGGGCUCUAUGUAAUAGAUAAUGAACAUAUGGAACUCAGGAUUUAUCUUGAUCAAAUAGAGCUGUUUGACAUUGUGGAAACUUCGGCACCAAAAGGAGCAACAUUUCUUAGCAUCAAGGACGACAGGGACAAACCGCUUUGUGUUUGGGGAGAAUUUCUUACAGCCACGGGUCAUUUGUCAGCUAAAAAAAUUAGGGACAGAUUUCAGGUUCUUCUAAAUCAAACUGUUAAUAGAACUACAUGGACGAACAGAAAUCUGCAAGUUGUAGCAGAUAAGUUACAGCCUCGAAUACGCAUCAACAACAGCCUCUGUAUCGAUAUAUAUCCAUCGUUCAGAAAUCUUGAUUUCUGGCCAAAACAAGGGCGACGCACCUUUCUAUCAGAAAAAGAGGGAACAGUUUUCAGAGACAUGUUGAAAAUUGACCUGAUUUCAAGGCCAGCGGGAAGUUCUGAGCCGUAUUCAACUGAUCGUGAUGCAUGGCAGUUAGACUUUAGAAAGCUUGAAGACGAAAUUUUGUGCAAUGAAAAGAAGGACCUUUGCUUCAGUGUAGUGAAGACCAUAGCCAAAAGGUGUCUGAAACCAAAAAGCUUUGUUUUUGAUUCAGCAAUUAUACGAACGGUAUUCCUGUACGUUUGCGAAAAACACCCGCAGGAUGCAGACUGGACAAACAGCAAUCUACCAGACCGGAUAAAUUCGUUUCUACUUCAGCUGGUUGCCUGCCUUCAAAGCAGAUGCUUGCCUCAUUAUUACAUAAGAAACUACAACUUAUUGGAAUCGUACUCCAAUAAGGCUUUUAAAGCGGCAUUAAAUGAAGCUUGGAAACUAGCAAGAGAAUUCUGCACAAACCAGAAAUUCUUCAAAAAUAACUAGAACAAUUAGUAUUCUUGAAGUAGAGCGUGCAGUCCCGGCGGCUGAUUUUUAUGUCAUCCUCAUGUCUCUUUAAUUCUUCACAAGAUUAGUAAAAUGCUACGUUUUUCGUGUGUUUUUAAUCAAUUGGUAAAUGAAUAACAAAUGUAAGAUCACGCUGCAGAGAUAAUUUUACUAUUUAUGAAUUUUAUACACAUGUAGCUAAGACUGGUGGGAAUUUUUCAAUACUAACAUCGGAUUUCUAUCAAAAAUGACUGUUAUGAAUUUGACUUAGUGUUUACGCAGUCGAGUAGCAUAACUCAAAGUGUCCUUUCUGUACGAACUAUUAUAAAAUUAAAAAAAAAAUUUAAAUGGGACACACUGGAAACAAUGUCUGAUAUUCUGGUAAUUGCAAAUACAAGCAAAGUAGAAUCAAUGAAAUUUCGACAUAAUUUUAAAGGGGGUAAACAAGACACCGAAAGAUUCCAGACAUCACCAAGGUAACCACGAUUUUGCACUUGUUGGGCAGUUUUUAUUUUACAAGAAAAUCUGUUAGAAUGACGAGUGUAUCCACUUGAUUCCUCGAUGGGAAUGUCAAAGAAAUAUUCUGAACGUAACUUGAUAGAAUGGAUGUGUUCUGGUUGUUGGCCUACGCAGAUGUAUUUAAGGGAAAAAGAAGUUCAUUUUAGGUAAACACUUAAAAUUAAAACGCCCUAUAACAACACAACUCCCUGUCAGACCGUUAUAUCGACCAAUCUUCAAAAGCAUCAAAAGCCCUUAUUAAAAAAUUCCGGGGGAAUAUCUCCCUGAGAUCGUUCUUCGAUACUAAGAAACCCCUUUGCAGUAUUUGUGUGGUAUUUUUGCAGCACAAAUUGUACCGGAAUCCAGAAUAAGACAGCAUUGAUAAAAAUAAACUAGUUACACUCUAAUUCACGUACCGCAGGA